CGCACCUUGUAUGGACCCAAACCUUGGUACUGUCGCUUAUAAACGGUUGCUGCGCGGCGCCCGCAUAAUAAUUAUCCGAUUAGGGGCGCCGAGUCUCACGUGAGAUUGGGGAAAUAAUACCACGUCAUCUCUACCAUGCGCGCUUGGUCCACGCUUAGAAUACAGUUCAUAUUUGACCUUCCCUCCCCUGUAUUCGCCUCAAGAUGCCAGCGGCUGCUUCAAGCAAGAAGUCAAAGUCCAAGUCGAGUAGGUUCCCAGUGGCCAGGAUAAAGAAGAUCAUGCAGAUGGAUGAAGAAGUGGGCAAGCUCGCAUCAGCAACACCCGUCAUGAUCUCCAAAUCCCUUGAAUGCUUCCUCCAAUCGUUUAUCGAUGAGUUAUCGAAAGAUGCAGAGGCUCGCGGCUCCAGGAAGAUCACACCUCAUCAUCUCAAAUCGACCGUGACAUCUCAGCCAAACUUUGAUUUCCUCUUACCGUUGGUCCAAAACAUUGCGGAUCCAGUCCAAGCGGGAGGGGGCCACAAUGGCGAAGGCGGAGCUCAGCGACAACGUCGAGCCUCUAGACCGGGAAAGAGAAAGGCAGUGAAGGAAGAAGGGGACGAAGAUGAGUAUGGCAGAGGUGGAGCUUCGGGCUCAGGGAGUGUUCCGGCGCCAGGGGAUGCUUCGAAGACUUUACCUCAGAUCGGGACUUGGAAGCGAGAGAUGGAAGGAGCAGGUGGGACAGGAGAAGGCGGAAGAGGGAUGUAUGAUGAUUACGAGGCGGACGAGGAUGAUUACUAGGGGCUCAUUGGCGGAUCAUUAUUCGAUCGAAUCGGAGCAGGACACGGCACGACUAGUUAUGAACAUACAUCCCUUUCUUCAUGUGUACAAAAUAACGACAUCAACAUGUAUGACACAUCAUGCAGU